ACGCGGUUCGGAGCCACCGUGCCGUCGCUCACGGCUGCACACUACUUCUCACGCACACCAACACACACGUACACACACAUACACACGCACAAACACAGUCAAACAGGUGACACGAGAGUGAAUUGCGAACGACUCUUGGUGACCGGAACGACACAUGACCGGCCAUGUCGUCGUAGUGAGGGGUUGAGAGGGGAGGAGAAGGAGGAGGAGGAGGUGGGAAGAGAAGGGAAAGGAAAGAAGUAGUAGUAGGAGGAGGAGGAGGGAGGUGAUGGAGCGCCAGUGUAGACGCAUGGCGCGAAAGACGUCGCGCUGGGUGGUGGUGGUGCGGCUGUUCUACGGCCAGGACCUCGACGCCGCCUUCGACUACAGCCUCGGCCAGCCCCUGGUCACCCCUGCGCCCGUCCACGCCUACUCAGGAAGGUUUCGUUGAGGCUGUGCGACCUGCCUUGACCUCGCUCCCGCGCGCAACAACAGGAUGCUGACCACGUCCCAUUCCCCUGUGCCAUAAUGGUGCCCCCCGCCGACCCUCGCAGUGACUGGUGCCAGUACCUGACCCCGCUCGUCGCUCUCACCUCUUCGUCGCCGAGCCCCCGCUGCUAGUGCCCUCUGCCGGCACGACCUCGAGUGUGCCACGACGACCACGAAGGCGACGGCGCCGACGUAGGCGCUGCCGAAGUCGCGAGAGAAAGGAGUAGCGAACCCGCGCGUCGAGACGAAAGAGCGCCAGAGCGUGACGCAUAGGCCGCGUGCGGCACUGCCGCGCGCGAGGAUCAGGUGCCUGUUGACCGCAGCUGGCGUCCCUCCCACGCCUUCCCGGUCGCGGAUUUAGAUUGCUGGCACUCGGCCGGCGAGACUGAGUGCCACGCCCGGCCGCUCGCGGGGCGCACAGGCGGUCUGGCGCUGCAGCUUCGGAGACUUGCAGAAGGCGGAGAGGAGUGCGGGCCGAGGGGCGCGCAGAGAGGCUCUGACGCGAAGGUGUUCAUGAAAGAUCGGGGAAGGGUCGCGUGGCCAGGACUGUCCCGUGCCCAGGCGUCGCGUGCCCCGCCUUUAGUGCCAAGUCGUGCGCCGUCAUUCGUCUCCUGAAGCGGAGUGGAAGACCGCCUCGCUUCCCGAACGCGACGCCCCUGCACUGCUGCGCCCACACGAGCCGUGUCGUGCCGCGCUUGUAGCGGCGCCGAGCGGCCGCGACGGAGGCGGGGUAGCAGUGCCGCCCAUGCCCGCUGUGCCUCUCUAUGUGGAGCGUGAGCGUGGGCGUCCGCUGGCAGGGCGCGCGUGACGCAGCGAGCCUCCCGACUCCCGCCAAAGCAGCGGCGGCUGCGGCGGCUGCGGCUGCAGGAAGGGCAGCAGCGGCAGCAGCAGUAGCAGGAGUAGGAACAGGAACCGGAGGAGGAGGUGGGGCGUCAGCAGGGGGCGGGAGGGAGGGCGGCAGGAGCCGGGGCGGAGUGGCAGCCAUGCUGUACUACACUCUGGACCCGCAGUUCGGCGCCCUCCUCUACUCCGUCGCCAGCAGAUAUGAGCGCCUCGCUCUCCUCCCCGACGCCCUCGCCUGCUGUGCCUAUGCCGGUCCGCCCGCGCCCACGGAGGUGCUGGCGUACGCCCACGCCCUCGGCAUCCAGCUCUACACUCUGGGCGAGAACUACGCCUGCUUUCUCACGCAAGUUCGGGCGGGCAGCGUGAUUUUCCUGGUGGGCGUCGGGUCCCUGGUGUGCUGGAAGCUAUGGGAACACUGGCGGAGCGGAGGCGGCCCCUCGUCUCCCCCGCCCUCGCCCACGCACUCGCCCUCCCCCCCGCAGCGGCGCCCGCGGGGCAUCCUCGCCUCGCUCCUGGAGGAUGACCUCGUGCAAGAUUUCGAGGACUUCGACGAUGAGGAUCCCGCUCUCAUCCACCAUCUGAUCGAACUGGGCCGAGAAUUCGUCGUCAAACUUUUAGUGGGCAAGUACUUCGGGCCAGACAGUCCCUGCGGGGAAGGGCCUGGCGAGGACCUGUCCCUCGUGAGCAGCGAAGUGAGCGAAGUGAGUGAGGUCUUCGCGCACCACUACCUUGCCGACGCCAGUGCCUCCAUAUCUGCCGGCGAUGUGGGUUCCUCCUCGGGCGAGAACAGCUUACCGACGGACGAAGAUUCGGACGUGGAGCUCUUCGGCGGCAACAAGCGCGUGGUUCGCAGGAAGCACAGGUCCUCGGAGCUCCAUCGCAACCAGUUGACUCCAAGCCAUGGGAGAGCCCCAGGCGGCGGGGGCCGAGGCUCCACGGCAGCGCCCAACGCGUCCACGGCGGCAAAGAAGCACAAGACAGAGUCCAAGCACGCGGCGAAGCGCCAGGGCACGGGCCAGCAUCCCCUGCAGGAGGACUGGUGUUCCUCGGAGUCGUCCCCCGCCCACGGCGCGCCUACAAGCGCCCACCUGCCGCAGGUGAAGGAGCUCACUCGGCACCUCGGCGACGGUUCGGAGACGCCCGACUCGGAAGGACAGGUUGGGAAGAGACGUCAUCAGUGUGGCUCAGCACUGCGAUCCUCACAGACUCGCGACCAGGAAGACUUGCUGGUCGACAGCAGACUGCAGCCUGAAGGAGAGGAGGAGAGCCACCUCAGCACCAACAUCUCAAGUGCCUCACUGAGUGACCUCAUGGAAAAAAUGCGGCACAGAGGCUGCCAUGGGUCAAUCUCCCGUGAUAAUUCAAUUGCUUCCAACAUGUCAGACUUUGUUACCUCACCCCAAGGGUCCAAAAGAUUUACAUUUAAAAGAGAAGAUUCAGUCUGCUCAAAUCUGUCAGACUUUGCACCAUCAGAAUGCUCUGAAAUGUCACUAGAUGUUUCUGUGCGUGAUGAUCUGGCUUGUAAGACUUUCACCUACCUGGAUGAUAUUGAGCAUGAGCUGGAUGACCUCAAGUCCUCCAUGUUAGAGAUGGAUGAAGAGGUGACGAAAUUUGCAUCAAAGCCAAACCCAUACACCUUUAAGACAACUUACUCUGACUAUUCCAUCACCUCUGGAGAUUCACGGCCAAGUUCUGCCUUAGAUCUGGUAAAUGCACAUCGCUCAAGAGCCAGCUUCAGAGGUGUUCUUGGUCAAAAGGGCACAGCGUCAUCUGACUCUGAAGCGGUGGAGGGAGGCCCUGCAGAAUCCAUGCACUCUCAGGGUCAUGUGGUCUCAGGCUCAGAGGCAGAAGGAUCAUUUGAGUGGGACUCUCCACAACAUGGCUGGUCGAGUGCAAGAGGACCACCACUCUCACGUCUCCCGGAAUUGCCUUCAGAAGAUGCAGAAUCUUCACGUGCAUCAACUCAGGAAGACAUGAUGCCGUCACUUGAGUGGGAUAAUGACUGCUUACAGCAAUACGAUGAGGAGCAGAUGCAAGAUUCCCACAACAGCCAGCUUGAUGAAGUCUUCCAUCGCAACAACUGUGAGAGCUUUGCAGAACUGGAAGGAUAUGAAGAAUAUAAGUUAUCUUGUAGUCGGCACCAACUGUUACCUGACCACUCCUCUCUUGAGCUGGACCUUGAAGAGGAACUCCAGGCAGCCACAAACCCUCUCACAGAGGCAGCUGACCUCCGUUCUGCACCCAUGACCAUCUCGGUUGACUCUGCCAUACACUCAGCCACAGGCUCACGCUCUGCUUCAUCUAGCCCUUUGCCCACUGGUCUUGGCCAGUCGCUGCUCAGCUCGUCUGGCCUGGCUAGCAGCUCCGAGAUCUCUCCUGCUACGCCUGACUCAGAGUCAGCAGGCUGGGCCAGCUGGGAGCGUCGCCUGGGACCAGGGGAGUUCGGUACUAAAGCCCGGCGCUACUGGAGUUCCGAGGAGAGUGGGUACAUGGAAGGAACCGACACGCCCCUUGACACGGCCAUACAUGCACACCUCUCACCUGUGCACGAAAUCAAGGAGAAGGAAUACUCAGAAAGCAGCGGCUCUUCCCCCACGCAUCAUACUAACCCCAGAGCAGUGACAAGCGAGGGUGGCAACCUGAACGAGACAGCGCUGGAGUCCAACCUCAACGGAAAUCUCAUCAUGGGAAGCACGGCCAGCACUGUCAAUGACAACGAGCAUAUGUUUGGUACCACCACAUCAGCCUUCGGAAACCAGCCAAAUGUAGCCAUCGGGCAGAGAAUAGAGGUUGCCCGGUACGCCAGCCAGGAGUGGCGAGGGAACACAGCCAAGGCACACACAAUUAAGCAGGGCUACUCAGCAAUCCCAGUUGAGCUUAAUUACCACUACCUGCGAAGAGUCCGUGGUGAUAACUACUGUGGAGUCCGAGCAGCCCUCUAUCAGAUCCUUUCCCUGGGCCUCCCUGUACCCAGUGGGCAUGCUACCCACACUCGUCUGGCAGCUGAACUCAAUCAGGGUUCCACGUGGCUCCGAGACUGGUCCUUUGGCCAUCGUCUCAGCUUCUCAAAGGAACAGGUCCUCAAUGGCUUCUGGGAGUGCUUGGAGGCCUUAGACAGCAUGGUGCUCAGUCUGAAAGGAUGUGAAAACAGGGAAUGUGUUGUUCUCUCACGCCUCAACAGUGACCCUCUUCUGGAUGUGAAGCUCUGUGAGGCAGUGAAGCUGCACAUGCUGGCAACUGCCCUAGACCUUCACAUUGGGAAUAAUAAUGGUGACAAUGUCCCACUCUUUUCCAUGAUCAUGUUUGCUCGGCACACAUCGCUAACACCAAGAGAUUUCGUGAAAAAUCAUUUAAAUUUAGUGGGAGACACGGCCGGGCUGGAGCAGAUUGAGAUGUUCCUUAUGGGGCAUACUCUGGGUGUCACUCUUCAGGUGGUGCGGCCAGCGUGCUAUGGCAAAGACGACUUCAUUUGCUACUACCCAGAUGCAAACAUAGGUGUCUGGCCUGAGGUCACUCUGGUGGCAGAAGAUGACCGGCAUUACAAUGUUCUAAUAAAGUGAUAGAUAUCUGAAGGAUGAAAGUGGAGAAGCAGAAGAUGCAAGCACAUCGAGUGAAGGCACUGUCCUGCCGUUGCAAUGUGUGCUGUAAAGAGGAGUCACGGUGCCUCUGAACUUUUUUUUUUUUUUUUUUCUUUUUUUUUUUUGGCCGUUAAUUUAAUGUGUAUAAAGUGGGCAAAUAUGUUGAAGAAAAGAAAACUUUUGGCAAUAAUAAACCUACUAAGGUUGGGCCAGGGGACUCAACCUUAAAGCAUUAAGAGAGUUAACUGUGAAUGAUUGAGUUCUGUCACGGCUAGUAUGUAUGGAAUUAAUUUGUGAAGCCCUAAGU